AUGGAGAUAUCGGUGGCUGAUGAUCAGAUGGAGAUGGCUUCCCCCUAUCAAGGGCAUGCUGAUGAUUUCGAUAUCGAUAUCGACAUCAUGGAAGACCAGGCCUCCACCACCGACAAAGAUAUGAUGGGCACAGACGAAUAUCUAGACUAUGAUCACGAUGGAGCCCACGAUGCGGAUAUGAUCGAUGAUGUUGCGGAACCCACCAUAGAUGAUGUCGAUGAUCCUUACGCCGAGACAGGUUACACCGUCGAAAUGCAGGACGGGAACGAACGGACCUAUGAGGCGGAAAUGCUGGAAGACGACUACGAUGAGGAUAUCGAUGCUCCCGUUCCUGAAGUCCAAGGAGAGACGCCAGCGUCUGAGCAGGUCCAGCAUUUAGAGGCAGAAGGAGCGCAUCAUUUGGAGGAGAUUACUAUAACCGCAGGGGAUAAAGACCAGCCUCACGAAAAGCUUCAUUCCGACCAGCAAGCCGAACCUCUCGUACAAGAUGACCACCCUGCUGUGCAAGACACCGAACAGCAUGUCGAUCUGUCGGAAGAGAAUGUUCCCCAAGAGAACGAAGUAGACACAGCCGAACUACCGGAGAACGGGAAACCUCUCGAUGACUUCAACGAAGUGGAGCGAGAAGCUCCAAGCGCCACAGAAACUGACGAGCAGAACAACGUUGACCACUCCAAGCCCGCUCAAUCCCAAGCAAGCAGUCCUGAUGAUGCUCAACCAUCAUCUGAUGAGCGCAAGGAGCCCGUUGCAGAAACAAAGGAUAGAGAAGAAGAGGAGUGUUUUAAAGAGGGAGAUGCCGGAGAUGUAGAAGAUGGAGAAGUUCAAGAAAAUGAAGAAAAGGGAGAAGGAGAAGGACAAGAGGUGGCGGAAGUGAGCGAAAACCAGGUUUCCUCUUCAAAGGAACAAGCUGUUGAGCAUCGGUCCGAACAACGCGAGCUUCCAGCAACAGAACGAACGCCUCUGUAUCCAGUCAAGGUCUAUUAUCAAGACAACGAAAUAUCGUUAUUUCCCCCCAGGGAAGGCGACUCUUCGGAGACCUUUUUCCUGGAGGAUGAGAGCCUUGCUUUUGAGUCUUUCGGCAAACUGUUCGAAUCGUGUCGCGAAGUGCUACGGGAUCAUAUUAGUGAAAGUGAUGUCUUGGUUGUAGACGUCGAAGCAUUGAAUAUCCAGCUAACAGAGGACUCAAUACACAUUGAUAAGGUUACACUGCAUCAGAUCGUUGGUCUGUACCUGCGCCUGUCCCACAACGACGGGGUUGAAGAGCCAGAAGCACUCUAUCUCACCCUUAGCACUAGACCGACGAUUUUUGCCGAAGUUUCUAAUCUUCUCGUAGCUGCAAAUGAAGGGAAAGGGUUAUCUGAGAUCUACUGGGACGGUUAUGCUGAAGCAGAAGCCACAUCUGCGAAUGUUUACGAGGAGCAUGAAGAGUUCAAUCCGGACUAUCUUGAGCAAGACUCUUCCGAACCUGAUGAUGAUCACAGUGGAUCUGAGAGAUAUCAUGAGCUGCAGGCUGAAUCCACGCUGCAGGAGGUCAUAAACGAUGAACAGCAAGACCAGCAACGCGAGCAAGACCAUGAGGAUUAUGGUCAUACGGCUCCAGGCAAUGGCGAAACGACCGGUCCUUCUUCAGACAAUGUUCCAGAAGGAAAUGAUGCUGAGGACGGCAAUUCUCAUGAAGCUGAUCUGGCUGAGGCCGAGACCACUAGAGUUGGCGAUCACCAGCUGCCAAAUGAGGAGCCGUAUGACUCAGAGGAGCAAUCGGAAUCAACUGCCACAGUGACUCAACUGCCCCACCCCGAACUAGCAGACGAGCAGCAGCUUGAUAAUGAGGCUGGCAAUGUGUUUGACGACCAAUAUGAUCAUGGGUAUCACGACACGGAAGGUGCUGAUGAUGAAGCCUACCCAGAAGAGGAGACUAAUGUAGAUGCUACUGAACAAUUCGUCUUUCAUGAAGAUGUUGAAGCAGUCGGAGAACUCUAUGGCGACGUGACGGAACCCAAUGCGGAAGAAUUUCACGAAAAUGCCUUCGAGGAUAUUCAUGACGCAACUCAUUCCAGAGACGAUGCAGUCGAUGACGACCUCCAUGACCAUGAGGAUAUUGAUGGGGAAGUCCCACAGAGUAGCCACGACGAAGAGGCUCUAUACAAGGAUACUGAACCAGUUUCGGAUAGCGUCUCCCAGGAUAUUUCAGAGAUCACCACCAAACCUACCCAGGACCUGGAGGAUGACUCACUAGGUAUUGCGGAAGAUCUGCUAAAGAGUCCUAGCAAAGGUAUUAAACACAUCGGCGAGGAUACCAAUGCGGAUGAACUCGAGCCGGGAGAGCUCCAUGAUGAACCCCAACAUGCUCCAGCCACCCACGACGAAGUCGAAGAGUUGACAUUCGAUGACGAAGAGUAUUUGGAUUUGGGUGUACAGGAAGGGGCGGACGACGAAGCAAAUCUUGCGAAGUCACCAAGCCACGCUCCUGCGAAACGACAUCGUGAACCAGAGGACGACUUUGAGUUGACCGAGACCCCUACCCCGGACGCGAAACGUUCCCGGUCAUCGUGA